GAAAAUCAGCCUCGAGGCUCGUCGGCACACCAAGGCUUUGACAUCGACAAAGAUGACUAAGAAGAGACGCUCGGGCGGUCGCAACAAGAAGGGACGCGGACACACAAACUUUGUGAGAUGCUCAAACUGCUCUCGCUGUGUGCCCAAGGACAAGGCAAUCAAGCGAUUCACUGUUCGCAACAUCGUUGAAUCGGCUGCCAUUCGAGAUAUCAGCGAGGCAAGCGUCUACCAAGAGUACACACUACCGAAGCUAUACAUCAAGCUGCUCUACUGCGUCUCUUGCGCCAUCCACGCUCAUGUCGUCAGAGUACGAAGUGUAGGAGGACGACGCAUCCGUGCGCCUCCCCCUCGCAUCCGCUUCAACAAGGAUGGCAAGAAGAUCACUGCUCAGACACAGAUCGCCGUCGCAGGCGCUGCAGCAGCUCGUGCUUAACUUUGCCAUCAUGUAGAGUGAGGCAUGCAUCUUCUGUUCUUCGCUUCUGCAGCUAGCGAGGCAACGAGCGA